ACGGCUUCCUUGUGCCGGGCCCCGUCCCUCCCGUCGCGGACGAGGAUUCAGGGCUCAGGAACCACCCUCGCAGCGGGGAGGACAGGGGUCACUGCAUCUUGCGGCUGCACAAUGACGACGUGCACACCUUCAAUCACGUCACCGACGCCCUGCUGCGUCUGAGCAUCCCCUCCGCCCGGGCCAGGACGCUGACCGAGCGCGUGGACUCCCACGGGCACGCGGCGGUUGCACGAGGAAGCGCUCCCCAGCUAGGGCGCAAGCUCUCGUCCCUGGUGGCUCAAGGCCUGCUCGUCUCCCUCGUGGACGAGCGCCAGAGCGAGCGGGAGGAGCGGGCGGUGCGGCUCUUGCGGUGGAUGACGGGCCUGGCGACACAGGUGGAGGGUCUGGCCCGCAUCCUCUCAGAGCUCAUAUCGGACGCGUGGCCCCUCCGGCUGCAGCAGCUGGGGUACGAGCGAGGCACGCGCUGGUGCACGCCUCAGGUGCGGAUCUACCAGCCGGCGCCCGACGACGCGGCCCUCCUUCUCGCCACGAUGGACGCCUCCCUCAGCCUCUCUGACCCCCGACAGUCUUCGCGCCUGGCGCUGCUUCUGGUCGCCGACUUCUUCCUCACCAACCAGCUGCGGACUGAGCUGCAGGCGCUCUACCUUCACCUCCUUGUCGACGCCCACUUCAAACCCGCCCUGG